UCUGCUACAGUAUUACAAAUAUACCUACUAUAACCGGUAGCUAACAUCGGGAGAGAUGCCGCUAAAGUGACCGAGACCCUGAGGCUCCAUGCCAGCGAGCUUGCAGGCGCCAAGCACUUACAGCGCUUCAUUAUCAGCAUUUUAUCUGCAGGUGGGAUUCUUUCCCAGAAUCACAAUCAUACCACAUCCCAUUAAACCCCUGCGAUAUAGAUUUCAAGCCGCCGCUCAGUGAACUCUCCUUUCCCACAACCACGACCCGCCCGACGUCAAGCGAGUAGAAGAAGCAACCCCAGCCCUUUUCCGCGCCCGCACAAUGCCUCUCCCUCCCAGCACCGCCAGCGCCCCAACAACAUGACGACGACGACAGCCUCGAGGUCCCCUCUCCUCCCGAAAGCCAUGUCAGGGGCGCCUCCGCCUCUGCUCCUGACUAUCCGGUUCAGCGCAGCCCUGCCCGAUCUCGAGCUGGACAUCCCGCGCCCGGGCGCCACAACCGUCGUCUCGCUGAAGGACUUGAUCCGCUCACGUCUCGACAAGGCACACGCGCGGCGCCGCCUGCGCUUUAUUCACGGCGGCAAGAUCCUGCCAGACACAGCCGUGCUAAGCUCAGUCCUGCGCGCUCUCCCUCCUCCACCGCCGUCCUCGCAACGGAGCGAGAAUGGCCCAUCAACAACCAACCCCGAGCGCCAAGGGGACGCCGGCAGUGCCGUAGCCCAGGGGGGCAAAAGCAAAGGGAAAUCCGUCCCAGGGCGCCCGGAGCCCGCACCGCGGAUCUACGUGAACUGCAGCAUCGGAGACGAGCUGUCGCCCUCGGAGCUAGAGAGCGAGGCGAAAGCCGCCGCUUUACCGCCGCCGACGUCGUCGUCUCUGAACGCCUCUUCCGCAACCCCUGGCCUGAACCUGACGAUAGGGACGGGUGCGCCCGCGACAACUACCACAUCCGCGCCGCCGAGGGGUUUCGACCGUCUUCUCUCUACCGGCUUCACCGCGUCCGAGGUGAAUCAGUUGCGCCUGCAGUUCCGCAGCAUACAUUCCUCGCGGUAUACGCCCGACACACUGCCAAGUCCCGACAGCUUUCGUCGCAUGGAAGAUGCCUGGAUCGAUGACAAUGGGGCUGCUAUGCCUACUGCUGCGACGGGCGUGGGCGCUAACGGCGGCGGCGGCGGCAUGUUGGGAAUGGGUGGUGCUAGCACGGCCAGUGACGAGCUUGGGCUGGUCGCAUUGGUCGACCUGUUGGUUCGGGGUGUCAUCAUAGGCUUUAUCUGGCCGCUUGGGAGCGCAGGUUGGCUUAUUCGCGAAGAGGGCAUGUCAAGUGAUCGAUGGCGGUUCAUGGUAGGCAUUGGUAUCAUGUUUGGCGUGCUAAUAGGCUUUAUUCGAGCCAUCUCCGGAGAUGAUAAGUAAUUUCGCAGAGAGUGGAGGAUUUUAUUUUCACUGUUUAACCUGUUUGUACAAAGCCGCUACUCUGCAUAGAAAUGGCGUUUGGGAAAGGGGCAUGGCACGGCGUUUACAGUAAUGCCUAUGGGUUCUACAUAAUCAGGACAAGUCACGGUGCAGAGAGAAUGACGAUAAAAGAGGCUCUGAGCAUCACCAACAAUGGUGAUACUCGGGUUGUCUAUCUAAAGCAUACGCAACCGCCCAAAACCACACGUGUAAUCCAC